AUGAGACGGUUUGAUGUCACAAACAAUAGUCAGAGGAAGAAUAACAUACCUGUCUACGAAAUGUUUGGCCAACCUAGAGAUUCGUUUCCUGUCUACGAAAGAUUUGGCCUCCACGAAAACGAUUCAGGAAACGAAUCUCCGGAGGCAUUCCAAUGCAAUUGUGGCUCCUAUUCUAGAAGAAAGCUGACUAUGCACAUGUUAAAACAAGAGUUGGAAAAAGUCAAAUCCCAGGUUUCACAAUUGAUGGCUCUAUUACUUGUCCAAACACUCAUUAUGAUUGUCUUGAUGGUUUUUGCUGAUGAGCUGAAAACCGCAGUUGGGUGGAGUUUUGAUCAAAAUAAUUCGAUUUUGAGUGAUGAAGUCCAAAAUUCUCUGAAUCAUACGAGCUCACACACCAAUCCUAAAAUUUUGAGCACCAGAAAACAUUACCGUCCAACAAGACCUAAUUCAAAAACAAAUUAUAUUCUUGUAACUCCAUAUCUGGAAACUUUUAAAGAACCACAACAUCAAUUAAUUUCAUUUCUAAAUCAAGAGGCAGAGGACCGGCAGUUAAAUGUGAAAUUUGUUACACUAAACGAUUUGAAUUCGAAUGAACCAAAAAUUUCCCAUCUUGUCAUUCCGAAAGUUUUCACUACGGAAAGAUUUGAGGAAGAUAUACAAAUGUACAAAAUACGUCAGAUGAAAUCACAUUAUAAGAUCAAUACUGAGCCGGAUGUGUCUGUUUCAAUUGCACUCGUACGGAAUAAGUAUGAUAUGGAGUUGAACUCUGUCGGAAGCUUGAUCAAAAAAUAUUUAAGCGACCACACCAAUGAGAUAUUGACCAUGUUUGAAUGCGUACUCCAACAAACAUCUGAGCUGAAAGGACAUUUCGAGCCAAUCAUAGAUGAUGGAGACUUGUUGGAGAGAUCGCUAGAAAAAUUCGCAAAUAAUCGAUAA